AUGCCCAUCGUUCCAGAAGAUGUGGAGAUCAGUGAAGUGGAAGAAGCACUGGAAACUGUCAAGUCUUUGGGAUGGGUGCGUGUCCAUGGGAGAAACUUCAGUGCAAGACUAAACCGGCAGAUGGUUUUGUGUGAGAGUAAAGAGACUGUGAAAGAGGAGAGUGUUCCUCCUGAAGUUGAGUGUAUUGAAGGUGGAGAGGCAUGGCCUAUCAUCGUCAUAGGAAAGGCACAGGCAGCCGCUGAAGAGUUCCAUAGUAAACUAAAAGGGCUGUUGCAGGCUGAAGGCAAAACAAUGGAGGCCCUCAAAUCAUUACUCCCCAGUACACCCUUGCCCACUAGCUCCACUGAAUCCAUCCUUCGCGCUGUCGGAGAUCUGUUGGACAAGACAACAAAACCAGCCGAGGGUGGGAGUUAUGGCCGACUACGCAUGUUCUCAGGAGCCCUACCAACACCACCAGGUGAGGAACCAUUUGACCAUUGGCUAGAGCAGGCAUGGCUCAUGGUGGAGGAGACUGAAUGCUCUGACAGAGAAAAAAGACGCAGACUUAUUGGAAGUUUAAAGGGCCCCACAUUAGAAAUUGUGAAAGUAGUGCGGCAUGCCAUUCCUGACGCCAGCCCCAAAGAGUGCUUGAAAGCCCUUGAAAGUGCUUUUGGAAGUGCUGAGUCCAGCGAUGAUCUCUACUUUGCAUUCCGGCUAAUGCAACAGCAAAAAGGAGAGAAACUUUCAGAGUUCCUUCGAUGUCUAGAGCAGUCUCUAGCUAAGGUGAUUCAACGAGGUGGCCUCCCUGCUAGCUGCAUGGAUCAAGCCCGACUGGAGCAACUGCUAAGGGGUGCUAUCACUUCGGACCUGAUGCUGAUCCAGCUGCGCUUGAGAGAACGGAAGGCCGCACCCCCAAACUCUCUACAGCUUUUGACUGAGAGUCGUGCUGAUGAAGAGUACGAAACUUCUAGAAAAAAGCUCAAUGCCUCAGUACAUCAAGUGCAAGCUAAUCCAGAAGUGGAUACAAGGCAAGCAGAAAUCCAGAGCUUAAAGGUGGAAAUAAGAGAACUGAAGUCAAUGGUUGCAUCAGGGGUGACCAAAUCAGCUCAUGUCAAAGAUGAUUACAUGGAGGCUAAAACCAUCACUGAGCUGCCUGGCCCCGAGAACCAGCAAGACACCAAGCUGGCUGCCUUGAGAAAGCAACUGAAAUGA